GGAAGCACCAAAUCAAAAGGAUCUCGCAAUGUAAAUCCAAAAAAAAAAUCACACCCGCACUAAGGAAUGCAACUAAUUUGCAACGACACCCUCUUGGUGAUAUCUCUAACGUUGACAUGCAUUCCCAAAGGGUCACAGUGGUCGCAACAAGCAGCAAAUCAGAAGGACCUCGCAAUGAGAAUUCAAAAAACAUCACACCCGCACCGGGGAAUGCAACAAAUUUGCAACAACACACUCUUGGUGAUGUCUCUAAUGUUGACAUGCAUUCCCAAAUGGGUCCAUGCUUGCUCACCGAGCCCAAUGGACCCCGCAUGGAAACGAUGUUGCGUGGACAGACAAACACCCACCCACCCCCUCCUGGUCAUGUCCUCGAUGUUGAUCCGCUGACCCAGAUGAGUGGAGUUGUAGAUGAACCAGCCAUCUCAGAUCAUGAUGCUUCAUUACCUACAUAUAGUGCUAUCACAGCUGCUAAUGGUGCAGAUCUAGCAGAGAGUUCUAACGAUGGAGAUACAACAGCAAAAUCUAUUGUCAUUACUGACAGUAGACAAGCUAAGAGGGCACACGAUAGAGAGCGCAAAAGGGCAUACGAUAGAGAGCGCAGAGAGAAAUUGACCAGCGAACAAAGAGAGCAGAUAAAUGCACGGAGACGAGAAACUUAUCACAGGAAAAAGGAGUUGGGACCCAAAUUCCUAGAAGAACAAAAUCGGAAGACACGGGAACAACGCAUACAAAGACGAGAUAGCUUAACUGCUGAGAAAAGAGCGGACAUGAAUGCUGAAAGAAAGACAAGAUACAUGUCUAGGAAAAACACCCCGUGCCCUGAAUCCAUUGCAAUGCGACGUCCAGAUUUACCUACUACAUCUGCGACCAAUCAGUCUUUGCACAGUGGUGCAUCACCUGUGUCAACGAACAUGGCAGGACACUCCUUCAAAUCUAAUGAUUCGUUGUCCGCCGAAAAUGCGUCAGCAACUCGUGGCCCCACGUACAUUCGCAACAUCGAAACCGAUGGUGCCUAUCUAAGCAGAACCUUAGGUGAUGGUGCUGUAGAUGGCAACCUCAUAACAAUCAAUGAGCACCUAACAAGUGCCGACCAGCAAACCAGUGAUCGGCUAACAAUAGCGGAUAAUGGAGCUGACGAGCAGAGGCAUGAGUCCAGAGCAAAGCGUAGGACGAGAGAGCGAUCUUGCAAGGGAAGUAUGGCGGCGAAGAAGCAUCAUGAGAAAAUUGGCAAGCGGAAAUCAUGUACGAAGGUGCCACAUGGUGAGAGGAACGCUCUGCUAGAUCGUCGUAAUGAAAGCUUUGCAGACGACAUGGACGCUUACCUUAGUUGUCUCAUGAAUGAUAAUGUCAACCCUGACAACCUCUUUGACGACGAGUAUUACCUAUUUGCUGGUGAAGGCUCAGAUGCUGAUGACAUGGAGCACGACGAAUUGAAAGAUGACCAUCACAAUACAUAUGUCGACCAUGAUCCAUUGGACUAUGUCUACUCAAACCUCCCAGACCACACACACAUCCUGAAGCACGCCGCGAACUGCGAUCACUGCAAGGCCAAGAAGUUUGAGUCCGAGGCCCCGGGAUUCUGCUGUCGCAGUGGACAGAUCGAGCUGAAGCAACCGGAGCCCAUCCCGGAGCUAAUGAGGCUUUGGUCUAGCACGGAUGCAGACUCAAGGCAUUUUCGGGAGAACAUACGGUUCUUCAACGGCCACUUCUCCUUCACAACCCUCGGCGUCAGCCUCGAUGAAAGCUACACAAACAUGAAGUCUGGGGUGUACACGUUUCGGGCGCACGGCACCAUCUACCACAACGUUCAUUCCUUCGGGCCAACAUCCCGUCCAGAGCAUCUACAGUUGUAUUUCUACGACGACGACCCGGGCCUAACCCAUCGCAAGGCUGCCAUAUGA